AUGUCAGCAUUGGUACCGAAGUUAUCCCUUACGCCGGUGAAGUUUAACCGUUUGGAAUCACUGACAGAAGGAGCAGUGAGUACUCAUCGUCUGACAGAAACAGACAGACCAAGUGAUGAGAAAUCUCCAAAGAAGAAGAAAUCAAAGAAGCGUCUGAGUAGACGUGAUUCGAUGAUGAACGCUCUCAGGGAUGAACUCAAAAACAUGGAGUCUCUUCCGGCGCUAAAGACUCACAGACCACCAAGUGUGAUGGACGAAUGGAUGAACACGGAAGAAGAAAAAGAUGAAGAUGCUUAUUUAACAGAUAGAGGGACACAACGGAGACGAUUUAGUAGUGUCGGAGACGAUUUCAUGCGCGGGAACUUGUCAACUCGACGUAGCAUCUCCGGCGGCUCCGAAGACAUUAUUGUUUCUGGAUACGAGUUGAAGAAAAUUCGAAUGUUGCAAUCCUUAGAGUCAAUGGGAGUCACGCUACCGAGAAAAAGAAUACAAUCUUCAGACGAGCGAGAGAUUUUACAAAGUAUGGAGUUUGCCAAACGCCAAAGUUUGUCAACAAGACUCUUACAAACUGUAAACAAGAAGCCUCGGUUUAGACAUCGGUCGCGAUCUAGAUCACGAGAAGCGACUGUCCGUUCUUCGCCGGAAGAGGCUUCCACAGGGACCGAUGAUGAGAGUAGGGAUAAACUGGACAACAUGUUACACGCAAUUACAAAGAAAGUGGUGGAUCCCAAAAACCCGGUGGUGUUUGGGAACACAGGAUUAAACUUUAUGAAGAAUGAUCUAGGCAAUGACGUUAUUGGAACUUUCAGAAGAAAAAUACGAAGAAGAAAGGUCCGGCCAUACAUAAAGUGGAAACGUCUAUCAAAAUUCAUAGUAAUCUUACUCCGCGCCUGGAAGAUCCACUCUCAGUCGGUAAAUUCUAUUCUUGGAUUAUUUGAAUCUUUGGACGCUUUAACAAACUCGUAUGAGACUAAGGACUUAAUGUUCAAUGUCACAGAUUUCAAAGCGGGAAAAGAGGGUAUGAUAUCUUCAGAAGUGCGGCGGAUCCUAGAAAAGAAACCGAAAACGCGGACUCUGGAAGAAAUACAUUAUGUGCAAAUUGCCUUGCGAAACUACAAGUCGAUAGCUGAAUAUCCCGUGGACAUGCAGAAGAAAAUAGCUUCCAGGGGCUGGUAUGAAACAUAUGAUGCAAAACGAGUGAUUGUUAGAGAGGGUCACUUACCUAUCUGUUUCUACUUCGUCCUGACGGGAUCAGCUGUUGUGUCAUUUUUGGAUGUCCAGUCCAACGCAAAUAAAACCGUUCUCUUCCUUCAUCGAGGUGACAGCUUCGGUGAACAGGCGAUAAUGACGAGAACACUGCGGCAGACGACAGUUAUUUCCCGCGAAAAAAUCGAACUUCUAGUCAUGUCUGACGAAGAUUUUAUUGAUAUCUUUAUGUCUGGUGGUCUACGGGAUGUCAACGAUCCCUUUAUAAAAUCUCUGAAGUUUCUAGAAGAAUGGCCUGUAGAGAAAUUGGCAGACAAUCCAAAGAAAGCAAUUUUCAGUUUUUUCAAACGAGGAAAAGUUCUCAUAAAAGAUACAUCACAGAGCGACUGGAUAUUUGUCGUCAAAUCUGGUAGCUGCAGUUUGUUGAAGAGACUACAAUUAAUCGACCCCACAAAGAGACCUCGAAAAAGCAGGAAAAAAGAAUGGCGAGAGAAAGUUGAAGAGUGUUUAAAAAUUGGUGCAACGUUGUCCCACGAGGAUCAGGUGACGUUACUUUUUGAUGAGGAGGUGAAGAAACUGGAGCAGCAGAACGUUACGUUGAGAUACUAUGCUCUUCCUGAAAUCAACAUAGCGACGAAUGAGGCCUACAACGACCUACGUCAAUUACAUGAUGAGAUGAUAGAGAAUAAUUUCAUCAAAAGAACGAUUGAAGAUUUAAAACAGCGGGCGGCAAAUGAGGGCUCGAUAAUAACAGAAACAGACCUAGAACUUGAUGAAGAAGAAAAGAUUAACCAAGAAGCGAGGAAAUACCGACGAAUGUCUCUUGUGGAUCUGACCAACCUUGUCUCAAAAGGUCCAUUUAUGACGAAACCCAAAAAGACAGAUACUUCCAAGUCUGCAACUACAGUCCGCACAACGACCGAAAUGACGGUGACGGUAGAGGAUGAGACCAUUAAUGACUACACACUGACCGGAGGUGACGUCACUCAAGAAAGGAUGUCUAAUCACCCACCUUCUUCAAAAGCCGAUGAACCGUCCACCAUUGAAAAUGAUGGAGGGGAUUAUGUUUUUGUUAACUGUCACACCCUCACAAAAGGGCAGAUCUUUGGUUUGCAGGAUAUUUGUUUUGAGAAUCAGCCCAGUUUUAGUCUAGUCAGUAAUGGAGUUGAAGUAAUCAUGAUACAUAAGAAAUUUUACACCGAGAAUAUGACCAACAAUCAACUGGUCAGGCUGAGGGAGCAUGUAUGGCCAUAUCCAAGUUCCGAAGAACUCCAAGCAACAUUAGAUAGUCACAUUCGAUGGGACUACCAUAAAAAAUUAAACAUGAAGAAAUCUCUGAGAGACGUUAGAAUGCGGAACCUUCCACCCAGUGACUCAAGGGCUCAUUUAAAUGUGCCCAAAGUUGGAAAGGAAAAUAGUUACUAGAUUUUUCUCUAACUUGGGAACACAACCCAUUUUAAUAAUAAACUUACUUGUAUAUAAAAAUAGAGGAUCGGCAUUCUUCAAAAUUUUUA